AUGAGUACAGCACUAAAAAAGCAUGAGCUUAACCCUUUUGGACACAUUGACAAGAAAGAGAUGCGAGAAAACUGUAUUCGUUACAUGUACACCAUCUCCCCCAAUGUUCCCAACGUAUACAACGGGGUAUAUAGCGCACGGAAAGCUCAAAAGCACAUUACUAUCAGGCACAGGAGCGUACUCGACCGACACACAGACGAUCUGUUUCCCCACAGAUCAGAUUUAGAGAGAUCCCCCGUGCACCGAUCAGCAACGUCCCCCGUACAUAGCAAAUCUCUUCUAUCGCGCUCCUCUGCUAUAGACCCCUCUAGCCUCCUUCUCAAGCGAAAAGAAAAGGCCGUUAUUCCUGAUCACCUGGAGCUGUUCUCUCAAUUGAACUAUGAUUUUGCAUAUGAGGUUCACGGUUCACCGCAAAGGGGGACCCAUAGACUCGCAACCUCGCCGACUUUAGACUCGAUGGACUCACUUGUGUCUCCUAUGGCUCCACGGUCAAAGACAGCCACAGAGCUCGUCAAAGGCUAUAUCUCUGUCUGUGAGCGCGUCAGGAAAAGAGAAAGUGAUGAGAAGUUAUUCAAACGCGCCAUGGGGCGAUCUGGACUCGAAGAGGUGAUGGAGAAGGCCGAACAGCGUGCUAAGGAGCGAUCACACAAGAUCAAUCUGGUAGAGGUGUCAACAAUCAUUGAUAUGAGCAAGUGCGUACUUUCUUCCACUACCAGUUCACAUGCCGAAGGUAAAGGAAGUAGGCACAAGCGCACACCCACAUCUUAG